AUGGAGGCCCUGCAGAGACAGCAGGCAGCCCGACUGGCCCAGGGGGUGGGGCCUUUGGCCCCUCCACGCCCACCACCACCACCGCCACGGCCUUCCUUUCCUGGAUCCCGGACCCUGCAGGCCCCUGAUGGGGGCUUGGGGGAGGUUGGAGCUGAGGAAGAGGAGGAUGCCCAAGAGGAUGAGGAAGGAGAGGAAGCUGGCACGGAAGAGGAGGCAGCCGAGGAGAGCCACCCAGGGACCCAGGGCACCAGCUCACCUUCCAGCCGGCCCCCUGGACCUCAUCCCCAUGAGUGGACCUAUGAGGAGCAGUUCAAGCAGCUGUACGAGCUCGAUGCAGACCCCAAGAGGAAAGAAUUUCUGGAUGACCUGUUUAGCUUCAUGCAGAAGAGGGGGACGCCAGUGAACCGUGUGCCCAUCAUGGCGAAGCAGGUGCUGGACCUGUACGCGCUGUUUCGCCUGGUGACAGCCAAGGGCGGUCUGGUGGAAGUCAUCAACCGCAAGGUGUGGCGGGAGGUAACGCGCGGCCUCAGCUUGCCCACCACCAUCACGUCGGCCGCCUUCACUCUACGCACCCAGUACAUGAAGUAUCUGUACCCGUACGAGUGCGAGACGCGGGCGCUCAGCUCCCCGGGGGAGCUCCAGGCCGCCAUCGACAGCAACCGGCGGGAAGGCCGUCGUCAAGCUUACACCAACGCCCCACUCUUCGGCUUGGCUGGGCAGUCCCCUUGGGGCACUCUUGGCCCCGCCUCGGGUUCCGGGCCCGCCCCUCCCGCGCCCACGCCCGGCCCCCGCACUGCUCGGGGCUCCGCCUCCGGCCUGCCGGCGCACGCCUGCGCGCAGCUGAGCCCGAGCCCCAUUAAGAAAGAGGAGAGCAGAAUUCCAACCCCUCGACUGGCACUGCCUGUGGGCCUAGCCUUUGGACCUGCACGUGAGAAGGUGGCACCAGAGGAGCCCCCAGAGAAGAGGGCUGUGCUGAUGGGGCCCAUGGACCCACCUCGACACGGUGCACCCCCCAGUUUCCUGCCCCGUGGCAAGGUUCCCUUGAGGGAAGAGCAGUUGGAUGGGCCUCUCAAUCUGGCAGGCAGUGGUAUCAGCAGUAUCAACAUGGCCCUAGAGAUCAACGGGGUGGUCUACACUGGCGUCCUCUUUGCCCGUUGCCAGCCCGUGCCAGCUUCCCAGGGCCCAGCCAACCCUGCACCCCCACCCCUGAUGGGGCCCCCUUCCAGCGCCUCACCCUGAGAGCUCACACCUGAAAUUGAGAGUCCCAACCCCAUUGCUGAGGGGGGAGGAGACACCCCUCCAACCCAUUCUUCCAAGGUGCCCAUUCUAGGACCUGGGAAUGGCCACUCCCCCCCUCAACCAUGCCAUGUGGACUUGAAGCCAAAGAGAUUUCUUCUGAUGUUACAUCUACCUCAUUGCAAAAGGAGGGCAUCUCCUCCCUGGCCAACUCCAGCAGCAUCUACCAAAGAGUUCUUCCCCCGGUAACCCCCAUCAUCUCCUCAUGUGCUCCCUUGUGUCAAUAUCAUCUCUAGGACUCCACCUCUUCGAGUCAGACCUGCUUCUCUUCAGGAGCCAGGUGAAGGGUUGAGUUGGGGUGUU